AUGCCUAUAAAUUCCUUGGCAUAAAAUCCAAAACAUACAAACAUACAUACAUGUAGGCACAACACUGUAUUUGUAGUGUUGAUCGUUCAUAGGAAAUAGCGGCCGCUGGUAACCCAAUAACCGUUUCAACUGUUGGCAAUGAUGGUUAUGCUAAGACAAAUUAAGGCACCCCGAAGAAGGGUAUUAUGCUGGGUUAUUACGUCCUGCGUUGGUUAGUCGAUCUGGCAUUUCGUUUCCGUGAAUAUUAAAGUCUAAUAUUGCACAAUAUUCUAAUAUUCCACAUUAUGUUGCAGUACCUUUCCUAUCUCUAAAUACGUCUUGAUUGGUACUAAGGAGUACUCGGAGAAGAAAUAAAUAUUGGCAAACCAGAAUAAAUAGCAGCCCUCUUUUUGUAAUAAAUGAUUAAAAAGAAUAAAAUGAAAAUUUGAUUUCGUCAAUUAUGCGGAAAUUCUUCCCAAUUGAAGAACUUGGAGUUAAAUCAAACAAUGCGCCAAAAUUGGAACAGAAGCAUACAAUCUUGGUAUGUAAGGAAACCGAUACGAGAUCAAAUUACUGUGGAAGAAUACCACAGUUACCAUACCAAAAGCUAGAUGAACUAGAAUGAAUAGAAAUAUGAAAGAUGAACUAUAACUAGAACUAGAUAAACGACAUGAGAUGUACGGGGAUCUCACUGUCGUGCAGCGUAUGAAGAUCGACAGGCUUCGGUGGGAUGGCCGUAUGCCACGCAUGGAAUCGGACUACCCAGUCUGUAAAGUUUUUUUUGGACAGAGGGGGCAUGGUAGGCUCAAAUUGAGGUGUACAGAUGACAUGGAGGAGUCCGCCGGCCGGGAUAACGGAUUGGCAGACGAAGGUGCGAGCGUUUUUAUUAUACUCCUGAGGCAGGCCAAAGCCGCAAAGCGUUUGUAGCGCAGGAUAAUAUUUGAUGCAGCUGCAAAAAUGAAGGAAGGUCACUCAAAUCGUUUCGAUCGCUAACCGAUCCUAAUGCAACCACAUGCAACCUCUCUAUUCUUAUUAGAUUCCGCGAACACGAAAUUGUGUAAUGUGAUGAUCCUACAAAUGUCGUAAACCGUCGCGGUAAGUCAGUUUGUCGCUAACAUCAGUCAAGGUGGAUAAAACAUGUUCGAAGCGGACGUAUCGCCCAGUACACUUGAUCGUCCAGCCGAUCAAAGAAACUGUUGUAACGCAUAGUAACAAUCUAUUUAGUUUGGUAGAUAUGCACACUUUCUUGUAACUGGCACUCGCGUAAAGGGUUUUUGCCGCACAGUUCAAAAAUAUAAUUUCUUCCAUCGAUGCAAAUUUGCUACUGUUCCUUUUGCGAUAGCGGCAUAUACUCGAUCAGCUGUUCUCCUUUGACAAAACGCACAACAUCGACUUUGGAAUUAUGCCUUUACAAAUGUGUCGGGUAACCCUCUUCUCUAGAAAUACCAAAACAAAAACAUUUUUCUAAUUGAUCCGAUUGAACCGAAGCCUCUAACUGAUAAACAUGUUAAGGCUCAGUGCGUCGCAACCAGACGCAGCCAGCAGAGAUGCGUUCGUGAGAUCGAUUGAGUAAUCGAGGAUGAUCCCGAUCUUCGGCUCCCGCACGGAUACUAACGAUACAGGAAGAUGCGUCGAUGUGCGUGUCGUUAUUGGAACACUCUCGCUCUCUUGCUUUAGAUCGUCAAGGCGAAUCGACGCACUCCAUUCGUAUUUGUACAUCGUGUGUUAUCGUGCCAGUGUGAAAAUAAAGCUUUUAAAAUAUAAUACCUUUUACGUGCUAGUAUCAUUCCGGAGCUCGAACGUAGAAUAUAGUGUUUUUCUGGAAAAGUAUCUCAAACAGAUAGAUAUUGUGAUUAGACGUUAUGGACCAUGUAGUUGUCAUGUAAGACGAAAUCUCGGCACUGUUAUCUUGUGGGGAUCAUCUCCUAAUAUAUGUAUCACCUAGGAAGCAAUGACUCAGCAAACCGUGGCGGAGCUCGCACCACAUAGAUAAUAAUUUUGAAACCCUGAGUAUCAUCAGCAUGUUUCAAACAUGACGUCGUGUUCCCGUGUUGUAGAUCUUGGUACAUGAAACCUACUUCUGUUUGUGCGUUCAGCAAACGGAGAUGAUGCACGACGGAUAGCGAGAGGGCCCGGAGGGACAAAUAUUGCGCUGGAUAAUGUACGAUAACAACGGUCCGUAUUCCACUAGGGCUGUAAAUUGCUCAAGCAUGUGUCAGGGUCCAUCAGGGAAGGCCUGUCUCGGGUGACGACCAGCUGUGUUCUUGUAGCGUGAAGGCUUAACGGGGCUCAAAGGUCGCACAGGUACUGCGGGCGGUGUGCGCUAACAGAUAGCAGAGUGGAGUGGAUGAUGCCUGCGUGAAACGACACAAACGGCUUAACUGGCAGUUUGCAAAAUUGCUCAAUUAACGUAUCUAACGAGCUGAAACGAAGUUCAAAAGAACAUCGCAUUGUUCGGCGUUUGUGUUUGAUAAAGUUGUUCCUCGGCAAAAAAGGGAAAAAUCAACAAGAUACCUAUGUGUUUGGAUAUUUGAUCGUGGGAUGUUCUUAGACUUCCGAAUACCUUUGCCCAUCUCUGUCGUAAAAUGAUGAACGAUUUGGUACAAAAACUACCGGUUCACCUUGAAUUGUUCCUGCCAAACCUGUUGUCGUGCUAAUGAAUCCUUCUUUUUUUUUCGUUACAAUCCAUCCCACUGGUCAAGUGGUCGCAAACUGCAACACGCGAUCAACCCUGGUACAAUCUCGCCUCGUGAUCUGGUUUUUCCAGAUUUUAUGCUUCCCGCAAAUGGUAAACGGAACGGGGUAAACAGAUGGGUCCAGUGUCCCACCGUAUCCGGCACGAGAUACUGGUGAGGAGGGACUGCAAAUUACUUCUAGCCUGAGUCUGGUCGUUCCCCGGCUUUGUCGGACAGCCCUCCCUCCUGCUGACAUGCCCUAUCGCGUGGCCCUAUCGUCCACUGUUGAUUACGCAGUUUUCCUCGUUCAUUCACAGCUAGAACGGAGGCUGAUUCUUCGCCUCGCCACCUCCAUCGCCUGCUCCAUAGAAUCGCAUGUGUGCUCGCGUGCGUACUGCAAAGCCAGGCCAGUUAAUACUUCAACGGUCCCACGAGACGACGCUCGCCUCAGUCGGUUGCAGUGCGUUGCCCGGAACAGAUGCCAGCCUUUGGCCCGCGCUCGAAGUGCUCACAAUCAACACAAUGGAUAGCAAAGGCGAACGGCGCGGUCAACACUCGUACUACGAUCCGGUGACCCACAUCUGGACCGGUUUGUCGACGCCGCCGCUCUUCAACGUCAAUCAAAGCCUCGGCCAGCUGGUGCUGGGCGUGCUGCAGCGGUGCGACCCGGCGCAGGUCACCCAGAUCAGCGACGAUGGCGGCCGCACGGUGACCUGCCGCGAGAUGUACCUGCGCACGGUGCGCAUCGCCGAACGGUUGGCCCAGCUCGGCUACGGCAAGCACACGCCGAUGGCUGCGCUGGCGUCCCGCAACGGCGAACACGUCGCACCGGUCGCAUUUGCCUGCUUUGCCCUCGGCAUCCCAAUCAACACGCUCGACACGGCUUUCAAUGUGUCCGACUUUGCGCACAUGUUCGGCGUCACCCGGCCGGCGCUGGUGUUCUGCGAGAGCGACAUCCUGCAGGUGGUGCGCGAAGCGGCCCAGCAUGCCGCCAUCGCGCCCGAGAUUGUGCUGUUCAAGGAGCGCACCGAGGGCUACCGGCACGUGCUAGAUCUGCUGGAGCCCACCGGUACCGAGGAUUCAUUCGUACCCACCAACCUGGACGACCCUACCACCCACGUGGCCGCGGUGCUGUGCUCCUCCGGCACAACCGGCCUGUCCAAAGGCGUAACCUACACGCACACGUUUUGCAUCGCCAACCUGCCGUCCCUGUGGCGGAUGGCGCCAACGGAUUGUCUGCUCGCCUUCAGCUCGCUGUACUGGCUGUCCGGCUUUGCCUCGCUCAUCAUCGGCACGGUUUCGCAGGCGGCACGCGUCAUCACCCGGGCACCGUUCACGCCCACGCUCGCGCUCGAUAUGCUGCAGCGCCACCCGGUGACGAUCGCGUUCUUCUCGCCCUUCCAGUCGAACCUGCUCGUGCACGAGCCACUGCUCGCGCAAACGCCGCUGCCCGCGCUGCGCCUGUUCCUGUGCGGUGGGGCACGCGUUUCCAAGCAGCUGCACGCGGCGCUGCAGCGCUGCCUGCCGUCCCACACGCGCAUCCAGAUUGGGUACGGCAUGUCCGAGUCCUGCCUAGUGACGCUGACCGACGGUGACAGCUACCGUGACGACUGUGUCGGUACGCUGCAGGCCCGGGUCGAGGCACGCAUCGUCGACGAUGGGCCGGACCAGCGUGGGCUGGCGCCGGACGAACCGGGCGAGAUCGUGCUGCGCGUGCAGUUUCCUUUCGCCGGGUAUUACGGCAACCCGGACGCCACGGCCGAGCUGAUGAGCCCGGACGGCUGGAUCCGGACCGGCGACAUCGGCUACUUCGAUCGGGACGGUCAUCUGUACGUGAUCGAUCGCAAGAAGGACAUCAUCAAGUACGCCGGCAACCAGAUAUCGCCGACCGAGCUGGAAGUGCUCGCCAAGCAGCUGGCCGGCGUGCUGGACUGCUGUGUCGUGGGCGUACCGGACGAGGGCACCGAUUUGCCAGCCGCGUUGGUUCUGCGCGAACCGGGCGCCACUGGCGCGGCGCUUACCGCCGACCAGGUGCGCCAGUUUGUGGACGAACGCGUGUCUGCCCACAAGCACCUCCGGGGAGGGGUUUACUUUACCGAGGAAAUGCCCCUGACACCGUCCGGCAAGAUUGUGCGCCGCAAGUGUUUGGAAAUUGUACAAAAGGCGCGCCAAAGCACACAGUAGAACGAGUGUAGCUUGGCGAGGUUUUAGAAUCGUUCAGAAUUGAUUUUAUAGUAACUUAUUAUUAAUGCCGUAAAAUGGGAAGAGUUUGCUUGUACGCAGACAUAUUUUACCUUCACUAGAAACGUCAAUAUUUGAAAAAAAAAAAUAAAAAAAAUACGUGUAUCUAUUUA